AUGGGCCCCUGUACCGCCUCCUCAUGCUGCUGCCAGGCCCGUAAUCUGUCAUGGGCCCCUGUACCGCCUCCUCAUGCUGCUGCCAGGCCCGUAAUCUGUCAUGGGCCCCUGUACCGCCUCCUCAUGCUGCUGCCAGGUCCAGAGUGUGUCAUGGGUCCCUGUACGGCCUCCCAUUGCUGCUGUCUCCAUCGCCACACUCUGCCAUGUGCCACUUUCAGGUCUCCUCACACUGCUGGUGGGUUCCAUUUUUUCAUAGGGUGCUGUAUGGCCUCCCAUUGCUGCUGCCUCCACCGCCACACUGUGGCUCCACACUCUGGUUUUGGCCCCCUGACUGCCCAAAUGAGUGAAGUGUGCGGUGAUUCUAAGAUCGACGGCACUCAUCUGCAUGUCAUACUGACUGACAGUAUUAUUUCUCUUCCCCAGCAGACUCCAAGGGCAUUUAAAUUAAAGGUACAGUGUUCUGCACUAAUAUAA